AUGUCGACCCUCAUGGACAACGGAGAACAGGCGCGGCCGAAGCGGAUGCAAGGUGUCAGCUGCGAUGCCUGCAAGUUCAGAAAGGUCAAAUGUGACCGGCGUGCCAAGAUUGAGCGAAAGCGAGAGGAACACGCCAAUCGAGGCCUCAAUCUCGAUCACCUCGAAGAUGACGUCGCGUGCAGCGUCUGCACGGCACACGGCCUUCGGUGCACGUUCACUUCCGUCACCAAGCGUAGGCGCGGACGUCGUAUCGUCGAGAUUCAGCGUGGACAGCUUGAAGGUCUGCCUGGGAGUGGCAAAGAUGAAGCGCACGGUGGCGACGAUGAUGAUUUUGACGAAGGUGCCCUAAAACGUGGAGAGAGAAGGAAACCCAGCGACACCACGCGGGGUGCAAUCGAGGGCCCAUCGCCCGUUGCUGGGUCAAGCCGGGGCGGAGGCUUAUCACUACAACCAGCUAGCAAAGGCCUCUUUCAAGUGUCCGGCCUAACACGGGCCCUUCUGGAUGCCUGCGUCAUGGCCUACUUUCGCUAUUCAGCGCCCUGCAUGCCCAUCCUGCACGUCGACUCCUUCCAAGCUCGCUAUGCAGCCUUUUUUGCGAUCUACGAGGGCAACUACAACAUGAGCAUGCCCAACGUCGAGCAGCCCUCGUACGGCGAUCAGCUGCAGCCGAUCAGUGAGAUUCUCCUGCUGGCUGUAGCAUGCAUCGGUGCCGGACUCCUGGAGCCUCCCAUCGCUGAGGUGGGCUCCUCCGCCAAGUUUCAGCUUCAAGAACGCAUAGCCCUGCGGUUCCAGGAACACCUACGACACGACGGAUGGGGCGACGACUACAGCAAUGAGCGGACUGACGUCAUUGAGGCCGUGUACAUCAUGUCGGACCCGCAGCUGGCCAUUCUUGACGAGGAUGAGCCAUUUGCCGGCUGGGAUGUGCCCGCAGAUUACCGUGACAAGUUCAAGCGAUCGCCGAGAGACCCGCUUCGACUGAGCCCGACGUCGCACGAGGCUGUUGUCAGACUCAUGUUCAAGCUGGGCAUCAACAGAAGGCCGAAGCGAAGAAAAGACUGCCCACCGGGCGACGACCGCGUCUGGGAGGCCCUGGACGGCAGCUACGUCUCGGAGCGCGAAGUGUUUAGAAGAGUUCGCAUCUUUUGGUCGGCCUUUUGUCAGGAUACCUUUCGCUCCUUUGGCCAACGCAGGAGCCCACUCAUCAACGACGACGAUUACGACCAGGAUCUGCCUCGAUGGCUGCCCCGGAACGAUGGCGACUUUAAUGCGUACUUCUUUGCCGAUGCCACGCGUGAGAAGACUGGGCAACAUAGUGACGACUUGGCGGCUUUCAGCACCGAGUUCUCGCCCUUUACGCCCAGCAGAUUUGCGAGCGCCGACCCUUCACCAGCAUCGUGGGGCAUUCAGGUGCCUCGCUUCUCCCGCUUCGAUGCCUAUCAGCUCGAGACAAUGCUUAGGAUGGCCUUCAUCGUAAGGGCUGUCUCCAUCCGCUUCGUAUCGCCCAGGUCUCAGGGUCGUGGGGUGUUGACGUCUGACGUGGAGCGCGCGGUGUUUUCUUUCAAAGCUUGGCGUGCUCAGUUGCCGUCGGAAGUGACGUGGGAGGUGCAAAGUGCGCCGCUCUUCGUGACAAAGCGCAUGGGCAAACAUGCCUCGUCCAAUAUGGUAGCCAUGCGUAAUUCGCUCAAGACCCUCUUCCUCGAAUCCCUCUACCUGGGCCAGGUCCUGGGUACUUGGGCUGCUGUCGACGACUUCGGCCUCCGCAUAGACGUCGACGUGACCGAGGCGGCCCACAUGUUUGCCAUCAAGCUGGGCAUGAACACCUCGGGAACAUCGACCAUUCCCGGUGCACCCCGAAGGAGUCAAAUGGCGCCCGAAGACGUCCGCAGGAAGGUUCGAGCCCAGCUCGACGAGCUUGUUGCUGCUAGCUUCUUUCGGAUUGCAAAGGUCCACAAGGAAGCAGCUGAGCUGGGCUUGCUGAGAGCCAAUCGCAGCGUCUUGAUGAAUGUCGCCAGUGCCUACUGCGUCUGGGGAUGCGGCUUGGCUAGCCAUCUCCUGAAGGCUUCUGGUGGUGGACUGCAAUCGUCGAUGCCCUCUCCAUCGACUUCGUCCUCUGGUCCAACAGAGAUAAAUGGGCCGUCGCUCACCGCCGCAGACGUCCUUUCGAAGGCAGAGGACCUCAUUGUAGCAGUCGCAAGCUGCGAUUCCUGCGAAGACGCUCCUAAGGUGGUCACUCAGCUACGCCUGAUUCUACAAAAGACAAGGAGUGAAGCGCCCAUGACGGCGGAAGACGCCAUUUACCACCACACUCCUGGUCUCACCGAUAGAGUCAACAAAGCCAUGUACGAAGCCUCACGUCGGGAAGCCAGUUCGAGCCAGUCGCCGUCGGCAUCGACAAAUAGUUCCGAAGCAGCAGCAGCGCCGGCGACAUUCCCCAAUUCGGACGAGUGUCGGGACCUGAUCAAGAGCUCCUCAUCUGGCCCAGCAAAGUUCGAGUCGCUCUUCUCUCGUCGAGAUGAGAGCCGCCGACCCAUGGCUGGCUCGACGUCGUCUUCAGCCGAUCUCGAAGGGCCGAAGAAAGAAGAGCAGCAGUAUGCCGCGACGGCACCCGUCGAACAGCCGCCUGGCAAUCUACCAUUCUUGUUCCACUUCUCGGGCACGAGCGAGAAGUUGGGAGGAAGUCCUUCGAGCGGACAGUCUGGACCCAAGAUGCAAGUCGAUGAAGUGGAGCUCCUUUCUGGAAAGGCCGAGCAGGCUGCCAGAGCAGCCCAAAGCAACAACAGCGUCACGCCUGCCAAUCUCGGCUCUCUGGCUAUUCAGAAUAACCAGAUCAGCAAUGCCACGACGCCAUCCUCUACCAUGUCGUCAAGUGUUGGGACGAGCGGGCAGCAGCAUUCGCCAAGCGUCGACUUCGACGUGCCAGUCGUCGAUCCUCACUGGCUCGCUCAAUUUAUGUCUGAGGAGCCCCAAAUGGACCUCAUCGGUGGUGUGCAGCUCGGUGCUCAGCUAGACGCUUUACCAAAUCCCGCACAGGCGUUCUACAGCGCCGACAACUCGAGCUCGAAUCCGUUUGCCACGGCACCCUCCUCUGUUUCGCCCCAGUCUUCUUCUGAACAUUCGCAGCACCAGCAUGAUUAUCAUCAAUACCAGCAUCAUCCGCAGCCUCCUUCUCAGCAGCAACACCCGCGAAACCAGCAGCAGCAGUAUCACCAGCCAGCUCAAGCACAAAGCUUCCAUCUGCAACAAGGAGAUCCCUCGUCGUUUGCAAGCCCUUCCUUCACUUCCGCUGGCGAGAAUCAAAGUACGGACCGGCAAUGGGCGAACAUCAUGGCUGCGUCCGAUGCUCAACUGUGGGCCGGUGCUGCUUGGGAAGGCUUUGAUUUCGACAUGACAAACGGCACCUCGGACAGUGGUGGCGCAUAUGCACAGCAGUCAUCUUCUGCCGAUGCUUCUUGAAAUUGCUUUCUUUACCCACCAUGAGCGUCGGCGUCCUAUGCCUUCACUUGCUCUUGAUUCUCAGUGCCUCAUGUGUAUUCCAUCUUUUCUCUCUCUUUCGUUGCGUCGGCUUGUAGAUCAUCCCAGUCCCUCACACCGAUAUUUGCACGCUAUUUUGCAAGGCAUCCUCUCUGCCUCGAGCCUCACACUGAAAGCAAGUC